AUAGGAUGUCAAAAGAGACAUAAAGACCUAUAAUAAUUACGCACUGUCAGCUGACAGUUGUACGUCAAGUAAUUUGUCAAUUUAAUAAUAUUUCGUCCAAAAUGACGUCAAAUUUAAGUUUUUGUCGAAUUCUUCAAAGCAUUGCAAUUUUCAUGACGAAGCUGGGUUAGAAAAAAAAAUAUAUACCUUAUGUGUUUCUAAGAAAGCAAACUUGAUUGUGGUUGAUAAAUUUGCUAUUGCCUACCAUGGACAGUGAAAGUGAACAGUCUGGUGAAAUCAAGGAAAAUGAUAAUCUAAUGGAUAAAAAUAUAAACGAAGAUUUUUCAUUACAACAUUCAAGCAACAAAUUGUCAUCAUGUGAAGACGAUAAUGAACAAUGCUUAUACCAAUCUAAGGAAACAGAAGAUAUAAAAGACCAAUCAACUGGUGUAUAUGAAAAUCAUGACACCAUACCAAUGUCAGGGGGAGAUUCAGAAUUACACACAGAAAGCCCAAUAUGCGAAUCUAGUUUUAUAUCUAAACCGAGGCCUCAAAGAGUAUCAGAAUCGGCUAAACCUGGAAAAUCUAUUAAGGAAGCUUUACAUGCUCCGAGAAAAAUUUCAUUAGACCCAAGACUGAUGUACGGAAGAGGAUUUGGACGGGUAUUUUAUGAGGAAGGACCAUCUAGAAAAAGCUCUUUGGAAUCUUUUGCUAUGUACCCGUGUAUAUCGAAAAGCCGAAAAUCGUCCUUAGACCCUUUUUACAGUGCGCCUUAUCCACACCAUAAAAUAUCAGUGACUUCUAACUCGUUGUAUGGAAGCAGUGGCUAUCUAGACUAUACAGAGGACACAUGUGAAACACUGCCCCACGCCGAUCACUACAGUGACGUUCUCUCAAUUAUUCCUGAUAUCAAACAACGAGCAACUUUGGACGAACUACGCGAGGAUGAUGUUUCACAACCAAGAACCCCAUGUACAGUAGUGGAAGGAUUAUUUGACGAAGAAUUGAAAGAUAUUGAAGAAGAAGAUAUUAAUCCAGUGAAGGAAACUACUGCUGUAAAGUUUGGUUGGAUACAAGGCGUUUUGGUGCGAUGUCUGCUAAAUAUAUUUGGUGUUAUGUUAUUCCUGCGUCUGACAUGGAUAACAGGACAAGCAGGGACAAUAUUGUCAUCGGUUAUCAUACUUCUCUCUAUGGUCGUAACAAUCAUCACCUCAACCUCAAUGUCGGCUAUAUGUACAAAUGGAGAAGUCAAAGGAGGUGGUGCAUAUUAUAUGAUAUCUAGAAGUCUUGGACCAGAGUUUGGUGGCUCUAUAGGAAUUGUAUUUUCAUUAGCAAAUGCAAUUGCAGCGGCAAUGUAUAUUGUAGGGUUUGCUGAAACAGUCCGAGACAUAAUGUGGGAAAAUGAUGCUGUGAUUACUGGAGAUAGUUUACAUGAAGUACGGAUCAUUGGUGGUAUUACAGCUGUGUUGUUGGUUGGAAUUGUUGUGGUUGGAAUGGAGUGGGAAGCAAAGGCACAGCUGGGACUCUUAGCUAUUUUGGUGACCGCUGUUAUCACUUUCGUCGUCGGAACCUUUAUUCCUCCAAGCGACGAGAAAAUAUCAAAAGGUGUUGUCGGGUACAAAGGUACAGUCAUGAUGGAAAACCUUGGUCCUGACUUUAGACAGGGCGAGAGUUUUUUCUCGGUCUUUGCGAUAUUUUUUCCUGCAGCAACAGGUAUUUUGGCAGGAGCUAACAUUUCAGGCGAUUUAAAAGAUGCACAGAAAGCUAUACCAAAAGGAACCUUGUUGGCCAUUGUUAUAACAGGAAUUGUUUAUAUCUUGAUUGUAUGGACUGCUGGAAGUUGUAUUCUCCGUGAUGCCAUCGGACCUGUAGUUGCAGCUAAAAUGGCUUAUCAGUCAAAUAACAGUAUUGCUCAUGUAUUGUCCAAUAUAUCUAUCGUGUCAGAUUGUUCAGUAGUUAAUGGAACAUGUCAGUAUGGUCUUCUGAAUGACAAAGGGGCAGUUGGAGUUGCGUCUGCCUUUCGGCCUAUUAUUCUUGCUGGUAUAUUCUCAGCUACGCUUUCGUCAGCUUUAGCCAGUAUGAUAGGGGCACCGAAAGUAUUUCAGGCAUUGGCAAAAGACAAACUGUUUCCAUAUAUUCACAUUUUUGCUGAAGGGAAAGGAAGAAGUAAUGAACCAGUUAGAGGAUACAUAUUAACAUUCAUCAUUUGUGUAGCUGUUACAUGUAUAGGUGACCUUGACGUAAUAGCGCCAAUUAUUUCCAACUUCUUUCUGAUGUCAUAUACCCUGAUAAACUACUCCUGUUUUAAUGCAUCAAUUGCGAAUACUCCAGGUUUUCGACCAGGGUUCAGGUACUACAACAAAUGGAUAAGUUUAUUGGGAAGUUUAUUGUGCUUUGCUAUUAUGUUUAUGAUCAACUGGUGGGCAUCUUUGGUAACAUUUGUGAUUGUGGGCGGUCUAUAUACAUAUGUCCACACUACUAAACCAGCUGUAAAUUGGGGGUCAUCGACCCAGGCACGUGCGUAUAGCAGUGCUCUGACAUCUGCUCUACGUUUAAUCAAAGUUGAUGACCAUGUGAAAAACUUCCGUCCACAGAUAUUAGUGAUGUCUGGGUUUCCCAGAAACAGACCUGCGUUAACAGAUUUUGUUUCAUCUAUAACUAAGAAGCAAAGCUUAUUGGUCUGUGGACAUAUAUUUACGGGAGAUAUGUCAGAUCAUGUACAGAAACUUCGGUCUACAGCAGCAUAUAGGUGGUUUGAAAAAAGAAAAAUACAUGCUUUCUAUAACAGUGUUGUUGCACCUAAUUUACGUAUUGGUGCUCAGGUGUUAAUGCAGGCUUUAGGUGUAGGAAAACUGAGACCAAAUACCCUGAUGCUUGGUUACAAAACUGAAUGGCAAAACGCUGAUCCAAUGGAAACGGAAGAAUACGUCAAUAUUAUUGAAGACGGAUUAGAUUUAAAAUAUGGUGUAGGAAUAUUACGUGUGAAGGAUGGAUUUGAUAUAAUGAGAGUCCCAGACGACAGUUACACAUUAGACUUUUCUGAUUCAGAGGAGGAAGAAGAAUCGUCUGAUGAUGAAGAAGAAAACAAACAUGACAAGAAAAAAAGAACAGUUGUGUCAACUAUAAAUGAAAGUGUUAGCAAUGGAAAUAGUUUAACCAAGCAGAGAACAAUAAAUUCCAAUCGAUUAAAGUCUGUCCCUGAAGGUUUUGAGAAUCUUGGAUUUGACAAUGAAAAUACGAACAGUACAGAAAAGUCAAAUAGACCUGUUUUGACAUCCUCUGUAUCUAAAGAUUCUGUAAAAACCUUUCGAAAUAAACUUCAAGGAACCAUAGACGUUUGGUGGCUUUAUGAUGAUGGAGGGCUGACAUUGCUAAUACCGUAUAUCCUGUCAAAACGGCGACUGUGGAAAAACUGUAAAUUAAGGGUGUUCUGCGCUGCUAGCAAGAAGGGACAGCAUGAAGAAGAUGAAGCUAGGAUGACAUCGCUGCUGAAGAAGUUUCGAAUAGACUUUGUUAAAUUAACAAUUGUUAAGGACUUAUCGAAAAAACCAACACUUGCCAUGUACAAAAAGUUUGAGAAUCUGAUAAGGAAAUGGAGAUUAAAAACUGGAGAAUAUUCAUCGGAAUAUCCAUGGAAGAUAAACGACGGAGACCUUAUUUCUAAUAAACUAAAAACUUACAGAUAUAUAAGACUACGGGAUCAGUUAAUGGCGCAUUCACAGGAAGCAUCAUUAAUAGUAAUUACGUUACCAAUUCCUAAAAAGGCCUCCUGUCCAGGAGCUUUAUAUAUGAGUUGGUUGGAAACAUUAACAGAAGGAUUACCUCCAACUUUACUAUUACGUGGAAAUCAACAGAGCGUACUCACAUAUUAUUCAUGAGUCUGAAAACUUUGGCAUGACAGUGAAAAAUGUACUAAACAUUUUACUGAUAGCAAAAAAAAGUGAACAUUUUUUAUUGUAAAUAUUUUGAGUGAUGAUACUUUCUUCAAUCAAUUUAAUAAUAUUGUUUCUAAUGUCUGAUAUUUACAAUAUACUUUAAUAAAUAUUGUUUAAUAUGAAUAUAAAGCAUACGAUAUACGAUGUUUAUUUGUCAUAUAAAAAUAAAGAUGAUAAA